AUAUAGAGAUGAAUUAUGAGAGAUUUUUUGUUUCUUUGUGGGGAUGUUUUUCCUUCUGGAGCCCAUAGCUGCUGCCUUGUGGGAUCAUCAAGUUUCAACCUUACUGAUUGGCUCUCUCUCUCUCUCUAUCUCUCUCUCUCUCUCCCCCGUCGCCUUCCUUUUGAACACAAGUUUUUUUUCUUCUUUUAACAAGACUCUACUAGUCCUCUCUUUCUCAUGCUCUUAUUUAGUAUUAUAGCCAACUAGAGCAACUUGAUCACCAGAAAGACAAUAUAUGUUGAGGGUUUCGUUUGGAAGAAACAAAGAAAGCAAUUUAGCGCUAUAUAUACAAGAGCUGAAAAAGAAAAGAAAAAAAACUUUCAUGUAUUGUAUUGAAGAAAAGCUGAGAGAGGUAUAUAUAUAUAUAUAGCUAGCUAGCUUUGCUAUAGUAUAAUCAAAUUCUCAAAAGAAAAAAGAGUCUUUUUCCCCAGUUGGCCUCUCAUGUGUUUUCUCUCAUAUUCUCAUCCCUAUAAUUACUGAUUAGCUCAUAUAGCUACCUAGCUAGGUAGAUCGAUCGCUGAUUCUCUUCAUCCAUAUAUAUAAUUGGAUCCUUAUUCAGAAUAUCUCUGAUCAUCAGUCUCAAACCAUCCGUAUCCAUCGAUCCAUUAUUACCCCUUUAAUUAUAUAUAUAUAUCUAUAAUUAAUAUACAUGUUAUGUUAGGGGUCAAUAACAUUUGUUCGUCUUCGGAGCCCUUUUCUUGCUUAAUGGAGAAUACCAAUAUAAUUAGCAGCAACAACAACAAUAAGAGGAAGAGAAGACCAGCAGGAACUCCAGAUCCGGAUGCGGAAGUAGUGUCACUGUCGCCGAAGACGCUACUGGAAUCGGACCGGUAUGUGUGUGAGAUCUGCAACCAAGGGUUCCAGAGGGACCAGAACCUGCAGAUGCACAGGCGGAGGCACAAGGUGCCGUGGAAGCUGCUGAAGAGGGAAACCCCGGCGGGAGUGGUGAGGAAGAGGGUGUUCGUGUGCCCUGAGCCCAGUUGUCUGCACCACGAUCCCUGCCAUGCCCUGGGCGACCUCGUUGGUAUCAAGAAACACUUUCGGAGAAAACACAGCAACCACAAGCAGUGGGUCUGUCAGCGUUGCUCCAAGGCCUAUGCUGUCCACUCUGAUUUCAAGGCCCAUCUCAAGACCUGCGGCACCCGCGGCCACUCUUGCGACUGCGGCCGAGUUUUCUCUAGAGUGGAGAGCUUCAUCGAGCACCAAGAUGCAUGCACCAUGGGGCGUCUGAGGUCAGAAUCACAUGCUUUGCAGCCGGCAGCAUGCUUGUCCCGAACAGCUUCAAGCCCCAGUCCUUCGAGCACUGACACCAAUUUGGCUAUGCCCAUGAAUACUACAACUAGCAAUAAUCCUUCAGACACUACUACUACUCCUGCACUAGUAAUCCUCACCAGUAGUAUCCGCUCUCCUCAAAUUCCAAUCCUAUCCAAAACUACCAGCACUACAAGCAGUACUAAUCCACGCUUCCACAACUUAGAUCUUCAGCUCUCCACCACCACCACCACUACUACAACCAUGUCAAAUCCUACACUCGACGAAAACCAGCCAUCGCCUAAGACAGACAACAAUCAUCAGGAAAAUCAGUACUCUACUCAGUUGCAGCUCUCAAUAGGCUCAUCGGAUUUCGGGGAAAAGAAUGAAUCGAAUACUAAUAAUAAUAUUAAUCACAAAAGCUCCCCACGAGAGAGCAUGAUGAGUAGUACCACUACUACUACUAUGGCCAAUUGCAACAAUAUGGAGAAGACGCGGUUGAUGAAGGAAGAAGUGAGAGAGCAGCUGAGAGUGGCGAUGGCCGAGAAGAGCUAUGCGGAGGAGGCGAGGCAGCAAGCGAAGCGGCAGAUAGAGCUGGCGGAGAAGGAAUUUGCCAACGCCAAGAGGAUUAGACAACAGGCGCAAUCGGAAUUGGACAAGGCACAAGCUCUCAAGGAACACGCCAUGAAGCAACUCAACUCCACUCUUCUCCAACUCACUUGCCACGCUUGUAAGCACCACUUCCAUAAUAAUGCAAGAACUCUCUCUUACAUCAUAGCCACUACGUCCUCGGAUUGUGCUCAAACACUCGACAACGAUCGUACUACUCAUAUUCUUCCAAGAUCAGAUCAUCGUCUUGGAAAAUCGGCCACUAUUAAUAACCCAUCGUAGGUUUUUGUUUUUUUUUUCUUCUUUUUUUCCCAAUGUCCCCUUUAGCUCUAUGAUUAUAUAUCAUAUGUUGAUGACCUUUUUCUCUUUUUUGGUAAUUUAAUUUCUAUAUAUUUUUACAGUGUAUAACAUGGUAUCAUGAAAUGUGGGUAAUUUGUAGUAGUUGAUCGAUCGAGUGUACGUACUCUUGUAUCCAUCUAGCAAGUGCUUCAUCAUAUCAAUUCCGUGAUAUUGUGUUGUUUAUCA